AUGGUUCGGAAGCAGAACCUACGGAACAUGCACUCCAUUGCGCUCUCCGGGGAGCGGUACAUCCACGGCGACACGAAUUCCCUGAAGUGGAUGUCUAAGCUCCAGCUUCCAAGCUUACAGAAAUUUAGAGUGAAAGAUCUCCGCCUGGCCGUGUACAAGAAUCUGCUUCUUCCAACAUUGACUUGUCUAUCGAUUACUGGGGAUUCACAAGGAAUGAGCGUUUCCACUAUCCUCUCUACUCUCUCGGCGCUCCCUCGCCUAGAAACACUGGAACUCUCUGGAUGCGUGCUAAUUCCGGAUGACCGCAAUGGAUAUAGGUCGGGAUUGCAGGGAAGAGAACCCAAGACAGUCCUGACACAUUUGCGGUCGCUAUCCUUGGAGGCAAACCUUAUCGAGUGCGCCACACUCCUCUCAAGCCUGGAUGUCCCUAUGGGAACCGACUUGCGGAUGGUACUGAACGGCUUGUACUACAAGUAUCGGACCAACAGUAAACCGCUUCUGAUGACGGAGGUGCUCAGCCCGAUACAGACAUUCAUUCAGAAUGUCGUGUCUGCGCAUCCGCUGACGAAACUAGCUAUCAGAAAAACGCGGAGGGAGAGCAUCAUUACAGAGCGGUACGAAGACUACGUUACUUGGCGGGUUGCGCCGGAGGGUAGCUCAUCACCGUCAAGUCAAAUUAUGACCAUCUCCGUUCCCCGUUCCAGAAUACAUCUAUCUCGGCUGGAAGGGGAUGAUGGAGUGAGGGAUGCUCUGCUCGGUUUCCUAGUUUCGCAGGAUCUGGCGUCUCUACAGGUUGAAAUACCUAUGAUGGCAGCCGAUUGGAAGCGAAAACUUGGGGCACUAGUGAAUGUCCGUAGGCUGUGGGUCACUGGCGCCGACCAGGAGUUCAUUGGGGCGCUAUCUUCUCAGGGGGGAGCCCCACUUUUAUUCCCUCGUCUACAGCACCUCGUCAUCGAAGAGGACGGCACCUGCUGUUUUGACGAAAAAUUCGCCCGCAAUGUAUCUGCUGGACUGAAAUCUAGGAAAGCUGAGAAAAGGCAAAAACUGGAGCGUCUCGAUGUCCGCUGCGUCCAGACCUGGCCCCAUGGACCUGUCAAGCGCCUGCAGGGUGUCGUCGGGACUCUCACCUUCCUUACUCCAUUCAGAAUCAGCGAGUUGAGUAUGGAAGAGACGUUUGAUACCGAAGACGAGAUGAGUGAGCUUGAAGACUCGGAAUAA